CAAGUGAACUGCUCGGGGAAAUCUAAGGUACUCCUGAAAGUCUGGCAGAAAAGGAGCGGCAGCUUUCAACCAUGAUCACCCAGCUCAUCAGCUUACGAGAACAGCUCCUGGCCGCUCACGACGAGCAGAAGAAGCUGGCAGCCUCACAAAUCGAGAAGCAGCGGCAGCAAAUGGAGCUCGCCCGACAGCAGCAGGAGCAGAUCGCCCGACAGCAGCAGCAGCUCUUACAGCAGCAGCACAAGAUCAACCUUCUGCAGCAGCAAAUUCAGCAGGUCCAGGGUCACAUGCCUCCCCUCAUGAUCCCGAUUUUCCCACACGACCAGCGGACUUUGGCAGCGGCGGCGGCGGCCCAGCAGGGAUUCCUCUUUCCCCCAGGAAUCACGUACAAGCCAGGUGAUAACUACCCCGUGCAGUUCAUUCCAUCGACAAUGGCAGCUGCCGCCGCGUCUGGACUCAGCCCUCUACAGCUCCAGCAACUCUACACAGCCCAGCUGGCCAGCAUGCAGGUGUCUCCCAGUGCCAAGAUGCCUUCUUUACCCCAGCCUCCUAAUCCUGCUGCCCCAAAUUCGCCUACUGGCCUGAAGAGCGAGAAGCGUGGCGCCAGCCCCGUCACUCAAGUCAAGGACGAGGCCACGCAGCCCCUCAACUUGUCGGCACGACCCAAGACCGCCGAGCCAGUCAAGUCGCCCACCUCCCCCACGCCGAGCUUCUUCCCCAUCAGUAAAAGCAGCCCAGUUAACCUGCCAGCCAAGAGUGGCAUCCCCAGCCCCGUGGGCACCGGUUUGGGAAGAGGAUCUCUGGACAUCUUGUCCAGUCUCAACUCAACGGCCCUCUUCGGGGAUCAGGACGCGGUGAUGAAAGCCAUCCAGGAGGCUCGCAAAAUGAGGGAGCAGAUCCAGCGGGAGCAGAUGCAGCAUCACCAGCAGGUAGUGGAGGGCAAGCUGGCGUCUCUCGCUCCCAUGGGGUUUAACAACUGCAGGAGUGACAAGGACAGGGUGCAGUUUGAAAACCUCGGCAAUCCCUUAGCAGGCAAGCUGGGAGAGGACGGCAAGCUGGGUCCUCGAGUCAUUGACCUGACCAGACCAGAAGACCUUGAUGGAGGCGCCAGCACGACUGAGGCAAGAGUGUACAGGGAGUCGAGAGGACGAAACAGCAACGAGCCCCACAUCAAGCGGCCAAUGAACGCCUUCAUGGUCUGGGCCAAAGACGAGCGCCGGAAAAUUCUGCAGGCCUUCCCGGACAUGCACAACUCCAAUAUCAGCAAAAUCCUGGGGUCUCGCUGGAAAGCAAUGUCCAACCAGGAGAAGCAGCCUUACUAUGAGGAGCAGGCCCGGCUCAGCAAGAUCCACUUAGAGAAAUACCCGAAUUACAAGUACAAGCCGCGGCCCAAGCGCACCUGCAUCAUCGACGGCAAGAAACUGCGCAUCGGCGAGUACAAGCAGAUGAUGCGAUCCCGACGGCAGGAGAUGCGGCAGUUCUUCACUGUGGGGCAGCAGCCGCAGAUUCCAAUCAGCACAGCAGCCGGAGUGGUGUAUCCCGGGGCAAUCACCAUGGCGACCACCACACCCUCCCCCCAGAUGACGUCGGACUGCUCGAGCACCUCGGCGAGCCCUGAGCCUGCCAUUCCCGUCAUCCAGAGCACUUACAGCAUGAAGGUGGAAGGCGGUGGCCUGGUGGGCAACGAGACGGUGAACGGCGAGGACGAGAUGGAUAUGUACGAGGAUUACGAGGACGACCCCAAGUCGGACUAUAGCAGUGACAAUGAAACCCAUGAGGCCGUCAGUGCCAACUGAGGUGGGGGUGGGGGGAGGGGGCACAUCUGCCCGCCUGCCCACUCGCUCACCCGCUCACACAGGGGUGAGGAAAACACCGGAAAAAAGAGAAAAGAAAAAAAAAAAACUCUUCCUUUUGUUUUCAGAAAAUGUUCUUACCGAGUCUGCAUGCUUGUGUGGCUCCACAUCAGCAAAAUGGUCUUAAAUGUUUCCUAAAGCGUGAAGCAGUUUGAUUGUUUUAAUCUUUUAUUUUUAUUUUUUAAACGGACGUUGUUUGUUUCGUUCAUGGACAUUUUCAAGUUUUAGGUUUUUACCUACAGACCUUCAGAUGCCGGGACUUGAAUUCUAACAUUAAAUGCGAACCCGUCGCUCUCUCACAGUCUUACCUUUUACUUACACGGGCGUGUGCCCACGCACAGUGGCGCGUGGCGUGGGGGGCGGGGCGGGGGAUACGUUUUACUGUUUUUUGAUGGGCUUGUAUAUUCUCACUCAGGUAUGCUGUGCUAGCCAACAGCUUGUGAAUGUGUUUUUAAUCUGAAUUAUUUAAAAAAAAAAAAGAAACGAACAAAACAUACGAGGAAACGAGCAUGCGGAACGGAGAGGAGGGCAGGCUUCCGGCUCCCAGCUCAGCCCACCUUCUUUCUUUCUUUCUUUCUUUCUUUCUUUCUUUCUUUCUUUCUUUCUUUCUUUCUUUCCGGAAUCAGACUCCUCGUGUGCCAAACUCUUCUUCCAAACGUCUUAACAGAGACACUGCAGAGUCUUAGACAAUCGUUCUUGUGGAACAGGACGGCGCUCGGGAAUCUGAAGACGAGCUGCGCAGCGAGCGGUGGUCCGGCACCUGUCCCCACUCUCAUGCCGUCUUAACAGCUCAUUCCAGGGUUCCGGGGGGCGUAGGGUCCAACAGCAGCAAAAGUCUUAACGGCGUUGUGCAUCCUGGCAGCACAAACGAGAAACAAUAGAAAAAAAGUCUUAAAGUUUAUUCUUGAAGGGGGUUUGGGGGGCAACAGAGUGUCGGGCCAAACCUCGAUGUGCGGAAUGUCUGGCUGAGCGCGACCCUCGGGGUGGUGGUGGUCAGGGUGGCACCAGCAAGUUGUCAUGGUCACUAAAUCGCCGCGGGAUGGAUGUGCUCCCUUGGGCGUCACCCCUUUGCAGCUACCUUUGAUCCCACACCGUGCGACAUCUGGAGGAUCCCCUAAGGGGGCACCAGCUGUUUACUCUGUCCGCCGCCAGUCAUUUCCAGGUUUCUUUCGAUUGGACGUUAUGAUUUGGGUUCGUUGUUCAGAACGUUUUUUUGAAGAUUUUCCUCUCCCUUCAUUGUUCAUUGUUUCCAUUUCUGAGAUUCAUUAUUUUAUUUUAAAGGCGAGGCAGAGUAUCCGCGUCUUUUCUACACCAUUUUGUUUUUUCAUGGGCUCCACCAUUUUGUAGGUUCUUUGUAUGCUGUUCCUAGUGCCGUUACCGAAGUCGCAGCCUUUGACGUAACUGGGUCAGCGACCUGAAACGGUGGAUUCCACUUCCAUGUGUGCUUCAUGGCCCUGCUGUGUUUUGGUUUUGUUAUUUGGUUUAAUUGACUUUUGCCGUCCAACUUCCAGGUCAUUUUUCUGAUUACUUUUCAUCUUCUGCCUCCGAACCAAACGCAGACUUCCUUCUGGUCUCCUUAGGUGGGACAGAAUCUCCCAUAAUCGGGAUGUGUUGUGCUUUUGGAGAAAGAAAAGAGUAGAGGAGCAGAAGAAGAGACGUAGUCAUAAACAAAGAUGGCGUCAUAACCAGAAAGUCAACAGUGAUGAUCCGCGACUUCGGAUGAGAAAUGCAUGUCACGGUAACUGGGAGUCAAUCGCGGCAGUAAAGGCAAUAGUGGCCCCCAAAUUCAAACCGAAAUGAGUACAAAAUUGGAGCAAAAAUUGUAAAGAGUAGUUAGCUACAAAAAAAUGACAUCAAAAUUGAAUUCUCCACAUGCACGAAAUGUCCGAUAAAAAUGUCAUUAAUGUUCGGUAAAGAAUUUAUUGAGCAAAAGUCUACAUGGGAAUAGAAAUCUCGAUUACUCUGAAACUUUUCUGCGUGGCUACUAAAUCUUUACAAUGUUUUUAGAGCGUAAAGAUUCUUUACUUACCAUCAAAUAUGUUGUGCCGCAACACUAUUUUGUUCUGCAUACGUUUUGAUUCCCGUUAAAUGGGUGCGGCUUAAAUGUCACCGUGUCUUAUGUCACCAGGGUGACUCCUUAAAUGGCGGAAUGACAAUUCAUUCGACAUCCGCAAUUUGGAUAUAAAAAAGUCAUCCGUCGUGCGGAUUUGCGUCUUGAAUUUCUGCGUUGUUCCAUCUUACUGUCCUCCCUUCGUCUUGUUGGUUUCCACUUGUGUUUGGUUUUAACUGCGUUUCACUUUCCUGGUCCAUUUCCCCCCUUCGUUUGCAGAACAACAUAACGUGCGUUAACUCGAUGAUGUCACAGGUCACAACCUCAGGUCAUCACCAGUAAUGGUGUUGUUCUGCCCCAAGGGUUUGGAAGUGGUAGGCCGGCACUAGGGGGCGAAACUGAGAAGGCAAAUAACGAGAAAUCAACGGCGAAGUUGAAAGCGUGAAGUUGGUUUGACCGGCAUCACACCUGAAACUCGAAGCUCCGCGCGAACAUCAGUUAUUUUGUAUCCGCAAUCUCGGACGACCCGGAACUACCUGAGCCUGACCUUUACACCGUCUGUCUGGCAGUGAGUAAGAAAAUCAACCCAAAAUUGCAGAUAAUGUCGCCAGAAGAGCCAAACAUUUUUUCUGCAGCUUCAAAACAACUUUAUCCAUAAAAAUAGAUUAGAGAAUUGGGUUCAGCAUCGUCAAAGGCCCAAGUAACAUAAACGUUUAACGUAAAACCAAAGUAUAACGCAGGUGUGGGAAAUACAAACGUUAUCAAUGCUGGGGUUUGACGUCAGGCAAAACAGUCGACCGUUCUGUCAAAAGCAAAAUGCUAACUUGAGCCUCAAAGUCACGAAACAAAACACCAAGCGGCACGCCUGUCGCUCUGAAUAUCCGCAAUCUCGGACGGCGACUCCCACGAUGUCAUUUUCGUCCCCUUCAGCGUGACUCCAGGCAACCACCUGUCGUAUCCCGGAUACCCCGACACUUAAAAUGGCGGCACAAAAUGGAGUCGCGGGAAACAACCAUGCUUAAUAAUUCGAUAAUGAUAAAAAUAAAAUGUGUGAGAGAGAAAAAAAAAUUGAACAAAGUUGUACCAAGCAUACAGAGAACCAACAAAAUGGCAGAGCAAAUGAAAAAACAAAAUGGCGGUACAAAAAAAAAAAGAAAAAUCGCUGUAAGUUAAGAACGAUAAAUGAAUCUCAGAAGUGGAUUUGACGACCGAAAACAAAACUUUAAAAAAAAACAAAACGUAAGAUGAGCCCAAAUCGUAAGUCUAGCGAGGCGGUCUGCGUCUCACCCUUAACUUUUCUCUUCUUCCGAGUUCCCUCUUCUCGUUUUUAGUUCAUACCUGACCAGGCCAGGCUGGCGAGAAACUAAAGGACGGAAAACUUAACGGAGGUACGGCGAGAAGAUGGCGCCGAUUGCACGAGUGAGCGCUCUAAGCACUGGAUGUCGAGUCUCUUACCGUUUCUGACUAAUGUGAAGUCUCCCGCUUGGACUCAUGUGGGCGUCUGCCUCACAGUUGCCCGAUUGGUACCCUUUUUAUUUUAUUUUAAUUUCCUGUUUGUCGUUUUUUGUUUAUUUAUCUGUGAACUCUUUUGUUUUAGCUCCGUCCGGUCCUGUGCUCACGCGAUGGCCGCUGCCUGCCCGAGGCUCUGUGCGCACGCGUCUGUCUGUCCGUCUCGUUUGGCUCGAGACGCCUCGCUUGUGUAUUUAUUAGCCCAAGUCGGCUCUAAAGUGAACGGAUGGCGCAAAAUGAAAAUUAAGUUAACAAAAAAAAAAAUAAUAACAAGAAUAAAGAAAUACAUGAGAAAGUUUCGAGGACAAUCAGGAAACGACAAAAAGACCCGGAGCUCAAAACAGAGUCGGAGAAGCUCGUCACCGUCUGCCGCUGGCGUCUCGAUUUGUAAAUAUAACAUAGGAAUUCUAUUUUUGUUCGAGAAUCCUUAGUGAAGUAUAAGUUAUGUUGGAAUUUGUGUUUUCGUUGUGCGUCUCUCUUCGUCGCUCCAUCUUCAAACUGACAAGUCGCGAUACCUCAUGUCGAUGCUACGCUCGCCCGGGGACGCUUCAUUUCUGCACUGCUGUCCAGCCGAGGGGUCGUGCUGCCCGUGUCCAGGCUUGGCCAGCGGGUGGCAUCGGCUGCGUGAGAGGCCGGUGCCACUGCGUGCCCAGUCUGAAAAGAGCCCAGGAGAAUCCGGUCUGAAUGCCAAGUAAAUAUCCACUCUGUAUGGAUGAGUGCCAACUUGCCUGGCGGGGUCCAGUCUGAAAUGCGUUCGGGGGGGAUUGAGCUACUGGUUAGUGUCCAGUGAGUCUGAGUGGCUGAGGGCUGGCAUGUCUAGGAGGGUCCGAUAUUAUUAUUGGCUGAACAGCCGAGCGACCGGUGCCAGUAGGGUCCAGGCUGAGCCACUGAGCACCGAGUAACGUUUGGUUUGUCGGUCUGAAUAGCCAGGUCACUGGUGCCCAGUAGGGUCCAGUUUGUAUGUCAGUUCCCAAGAAGGUCUGGUUUGUCUGAUUGGUUGAGCCGCUGAGCACCACCAAGAACCAAGAAGUGGCUGAGGGGUUCGGGAGGGUCCGCUCAGUAGGUGGGCAUCGGGUCUGUGUGCCCAGUGCAUAGUCACGUUUGGGGAGGCCCUCUGCCCGCCGUGCCCGCUGCGCCGUUACUGUAACUCCGCUCCUUUGCGCCAUGGAGAUUUGUCUGUGAUGUGUUUUUUUCGUGAGGUCGUCUUCUGUGUUAAUUUAAUCGGCACAAUUCAUGACAUGCUGGACUGACAUGCUAGCUGCUGCGCGUCUGCUGUCCGGGACAGCCCCUGUGGCGACUGGCCUCGGCGUGCGGACCCUGGGGCGCCGUCUGGGCGUCUCUCCAUGAGGUGGACUCGUGUCUGUUGCUGCUUUGACAAAUGUAAAUAGUUUAUCCGAAUCUCCUGUACAGUCCAGUGUAAAGUUUUUUGAACUUCGAGGUCGCCAUCACACGUGUCUUCACACUCUUCUUUCUACCGUACAAAAGGCCGCUGUUUGCUAAAGGAUGUUAUUAUUGUAUAAAAGAAAAAGACAAACCAACCAACCAACCUGUCGAUUACCUGACAAAAAACACACCUUUUGGGUUUUGUUUUUACGAUUUUCUUUCCUUUCCUUUGUCGCUUGGCUCUCAUUGGUUUCCUGUGCAGUAUUGACGUGAGGUAAAACUAAAGGUGAAAUAAUCCAGUGGUACGUCUGGGAGUCUCGUCUCCUCUGUCUUCGUGGUACUUCAUCGAUAUUCACGCCCGAUCGAGACUUCGCCCGCCGUUUGGGACGCUCUUCACUUUUUGGGGUUUUUUUUUUUCACCAUAUUGUAACGUAACGCCAUCUUGUUUUUUUAUUUUCGUUUGUUUUGUUUCCUAAUCAGUGGAUGUAAGCGGACGGGGCGUCGAGAUCCUCGGGGGGAGUGACUGCCUGUUGAAGCUCAUUUACCUCAAGAGUGUGUCCUCCUUUUCCUAAAACGUUUCACCAUCACUCCAUCUUUUGUACUGCUGUUGACACUUACAAAUUAAAGAGAAAUUUUGUUUUA